AUGGCCAACUCUUCGAAACAGACCGCGCUGAUUACUGGGUGCAGCGAGGGCGGAAUCGGCGAUGCUCUUGCUCAAGAGUUCCAUCGCCGCGGGGUCCGCGUGCUGGCGACCGGACGCAACCUUGAAAAGCUUGCCCACCUCAAGAAGUUGGGUAUUGAGACAGUACAGCUGGAUGUGGAGUCGUCCGAGUCAAUCAAGGAAGCUGCCGUAGCAGUCAACAGAUAUACAGAGGGGAGGCUUGACUUCCUUGUCAAUAACUCGGGAUGUGGAUACAACGCAACCAUCCUCGAUACAGACCUCGAACAGGCAAAAAAGAUGUUUAACGUCAACCUAUUCGGCCUUGUCGAGGUUACUCAGGCCUUUGCUCCCCAGGUGAUCGCGGCCAAGGGCCAGAUCAUCAACAUCGGCUCUCUCGUCGGUAUCAUUCCCUUGCCGCUCCAGGGAUUAUACAACGCGUCAAAGGCAGCCGUACACUCGCUGUCGGAUACCCUUCGCAUUGAAAUGGCCCCGUUCGGCGUCAAGGUUAUUUAUAUUGUGACCGGAGGCGUCAGGACAAAAUUCUUCCUGAAUGCGCCCAAGUAUGACUUCCCGGAAGGGUCCCCCUACGAAGCUGCUCGGGAUAUCCUCGAACCAAUCUUGGCCGGUCGCACCACAGACAUCUUCUUGACAACCCCCGAGGAGUUGGCAAAAUCUGUUGUCAAGAACUCCUUUAGUUGGUGGCCUAGCACCAGAGUUUGGCCCGGCUUCGAGUGUCUUUUUGGGUGGUUUGUUACCACUUUCUUCUGGCAUACUGCUCUCGACGGUAUACUUUCUGGUAGAUUUGGGUUCAAGCAAGCAACCCCUAGGCUGGCGCACCUUAAGAACUGA